AUGGAGCAGCUACCAAAAUUCUGGAGAUACAAGUCUUGUCGCUUCGCCUUGAUGCCCAUCGCUGCUAGUUCGCGUAAGGUCAUCGAUCCAGAGCCUGUGUCGACGUGGUCUUUCGUUGAGAGGAACGUCCUCAGGCUAUCCACGAAUUGUUUGGCUAGGAAGUUAGGCGGGGGUGUUAUCCUUUUAGCAGACCCUGUUGGUGACGGAGCUAUGGCUUUGUACAUCUACGCUGUGGGAGCGCCAUUCGAGACUAUCCUGAACAACUACAUGAUCACAUCGCAGGCGAUUCAUCCUCCCGGCGGUGGUUCUGUGUCCAAUGGCACCUUGAUGGGAGUGACCACGAAUGGCAGCUUGGAGCUGGCUUGGGCGUUACAGGAUACAUGA